UGACGCCGCUGCAUGCUAAAUUAACUGGACGCAGCCAUCAAGGGACGCUUCUCGCGCUCACCGCCGGAGCUCACAGUGCAGUAAAUAUGGCAGCAGAGAUCUCCACGUCUAUAAACAUCAAGGAGCCGCGGUGGGACCAGGCGACGUUUGUAGGUCGUGCCAAGCACUUCUUCACCGUCACAGACCCCAGGAACAUCCUCCUCACCAAUGAGCAGCUCACGCACGCACACAAGAUCAUCACGGACUACAGGAAAGGCGUCGUGUCUCCCGGGCUGACAGAGGAUGAGCUGUGGAAAGCCAAAUACGUGUUUGACUCGGCCUUUCACCCCGAUACCGGGGAGAAGAUGAUCUUGAUUGGCCGCAUGUCAGCGCAGGUUCCAAUGAACAUGACCAUCACUGGAUGCAUGAUGACGUUUUACAAGACGACUCCAGCUGUGCUCUUCUGGCAGUGGAUUAAUCAGUCUUUCAACGCUAUAGUUAACUACACCAACAGGAGUGGUGACGCUCCCAUCACAGUCAGUCAGCUUGGCACAGCUUAUGUGUCUGCCACCACAGGGGCAGUUGCCACCGCUCUAGGACUAAAUGCACUAACAAAGCAUGUUUCGCCUCUGAUUGGACGGUUUGUGCCGUUCGCUGCUGUAGCCGCUGCUAACUGUAUCAACAUCCCACUGAUGAGACAACGAGAACUUAAGCACGGCAUUCCCAUCACAGAUGAGAACGACAACAGACUAGGAGAGUCAACAAAAGCGGCACAGCAGGCUAUCUCUCAGGUUGUGGUCUCCAGGAUCCUCAUGGCGUCUCCAGGAAUGGCCAUUCCUCCAUUUCUAAUGAACCAUUUGGAGAAGAAGGCCUUCCUGAAGAGGUUCCCAUGGAUGAGUGCACCCAUUCAGGUCGGCCUGGUGGGAUUCUGUCUGGUGUUUGCGACUCCCAUCUGCUGUGCAUUGUUCCCUCAGAAGAGCUCCAUGUCAGUUAGCCGCUUGGAGCCCGAGCUGCAGGAGAAAAUCCGGGCCGACCACCCGGGAGUGGAGAGAGUCUACUUCAACAAAGGUCUAUGAGUGAGCAGCGCACUCCACCAAACACUGCCAUAACACAGCUGCAGGCUGGCUCCUCACCUCUCGACUCGCCCUACUCCUCAUCCAGUGUGCCAAAAAGUUAGGUCUGUGUCUCCUCAUUUUCCACCGUUCAGAUCUGAUCUGAGGACUCCCUCUCUCAAGCUGUCUCUCUGAAAUCAAAUGUUUGCUUUUGUCAGUGUGAUUCUACUGUAAAUUGCUAUUUUAUAUGAUUGGUUGAGAUGACAAGUGUGAUUUAUAUCACAAAGGUUAAGUGGUCUUUUAUUUUUCAGUGCAUUUUCCUCGAAUUGGUCACUUUAUCGUGUGUUGCCAUUGUAUAAUUUUGACACCCUCUCUUACCUGAGGGUGACAGAUAUUGCAUUAUUUUUGAAUAUGGUCAUGUCGUGACAUUUAUUAGUCAGCGACCUCCGCAGUUCAUACAUUUGCCAAAUAUCUACAGUAGUCCAGGUCAUUUCAAAGAACUCACUCACUUUAAUUCACUUUAUUUUUGCAAAUGGGUGACAUUCAGUAAGCCUCGUGGCCUCUGGACAUCUGAAAACAAUUCUCCAGGGAUCCACUCAAUAAAAUGUGAUGCUCUAGUGGUAAUGGCAGCCAUUGAGGGGCCAACAUGGUGCUAUUUGAUGUCUUUAUAACCAGUGUUUAUCGUACUACCUAUUCUGCAAACACGCACGAACAAACCACUCCAAGCGUUUCUGUAUAUUUUGUGGUCACGUCAAGGGUACGUUCAAAAGAAUCCAGCAGUGACCAGAUCAGAAACGUCAUUCACGAUCAUUUCAGAUAAAAACAACAACAACAAUAAUAAAACACCAGCUCUCAUUCACGAUCUCCAGUUUAAACAACAAUGAAAAAGCCUCUCUGGGUGAAAGUUAAUCAGGAAUUUCAGAUGAUGAUAUUUGAUCAUGCUCAUUCACGCCUUAGAGAUUAGUAUGGAAUCAGCCUUCUGAAUGCACCAUCAUCCACAGUAUUACAUUUCAGUUGCUGUUGUUUGUAAGGUUUAUAUGUCAAUUCGUGUGCGAUGUGAAGUAUUGGGGGACAUCGGGGUAAAUGAAUUGCAUUGAUCUUCAUGACUUGUUAUAUCUUUCUCCUCAUUUGGACUUUUAAAGGAAUACUUCACCGAUUUGCAUGUAGCUUUGUAUUACUAGAAUAAGGCUAGUAUUGUGAAAAUUGUGCUUCCCAACCUCUGUUUCCCCUGACUUUAUUCGUCUUUCUUUGUUACGUGGCCACCAGUGACACUUGGUCCUGUUAGCGUAACUGCUAUCAAAGAUGGCGGACACUGUUUACAUUCUGGGAAUGAUGUCCCUUCCCUCUACGAGUGGGUCUAAAAACUGCGGAAUUUAGCGCUGCAGUUUCAAGCCUCGGACCAAGUGUCACUGGUGGGCACAUUCCGCAUUUUUAAGAUGGUGCCUCACUCCCAGAAUGUAAACAGUGCCCGCCAUCUUUGCUAACAGUUGCGCUAACAAGGUGGGCAGUAACACAGACAAGAUAUUUCUCAACAUAUGGGAAACUGAGGUUGGGAAGCACAAUUUUUUCAAAAAUACUAGCCCUAUUCUAGUAAUACAAAGCUAUUUUUUUCAUCCUGUAGAAGAUUAUAAUGCAGAAUGUCUUUGGGAGAAUGUGGAGCCUCUCAGCUAAAAACCUUGGAUCUUCAACAAACCCCUGCUUUAAGGGAGAAACGAGUCAUUACAUGCAGUCACAUCGGCACAUACUUUUAGGGCCCCGUCCACACGGAAACGGGUUAAGUGAAUGCACAUCAUUUAUUUUUUUGCCAGAGAGGCGUUCUGUCCACACGGAAACAGUGUUUUAGGGGACAGGAAAUGAUACUUUUUGUCCGAGUAGGCAGCGAAUACACUACUUUAGGAAAACGUGUCAUGUGUUUAGAGAUUGUUAGACACUAGAUAUCACUAGAACACGUCUGUAAAGUCUCUACAUAUGCACACGGAAACAGCUCAAAAUGUAAUUUUCUCAGUUCAUUCUAUCUCUGUUGCGUUUUGAAUCAUUUCAGGGAUAUUUCCAGAAAACGACGCCAUCUUUACGGGGCGAUCUUUUUUUAACACGGCAAAGAAAAAAGAUUGUUUUCCUUUCUUGCCAUUUCCAUGUGGACGUGGCCUUAUUCGUGGCCUGGUUCAGUGUGAUGCUGUGACUGUAAACUCUUGUCACAUCAGCCAGUGUUUUAGAUCACAUUCAUCCACAAGUCUGUGUUUCCUUAACAGCCGCUGUAUUAAACUGCACAUACUGUAGGUAAUUAUAGUCCAGGUUCUUAUCAGAGAGAGACUAUACAAAGUGUACCAGAUUUAUCAAAAGGCAUCUUUAAAUCAGGGAUUUGAGUGAAACAGAUGGACUGAAGUCACAAAUCUCAGAAUAAGUAUUUCAACCUUUUGAUUAUUUUAAAUAUAGCUGUAUGUUGAAAUCAUUAAGUCCAAUUCAUGCAAAUGUUUACAUUUUAAUUUUUUUUUUUCCAAAACAUGAAAUGCUUGUGAACAUCGGUUUGAUUUUCAGUGCAUUUUUUUGCUCAUUGUGGUCUGUGAUUUCCGUGAGGUGUUAAGUGUUUAAUAUACUGUAAAUUGACUUAAAUAUAAAUAUAUAUAUCAAUGUUGCUGUCAAAGUGUCUAUUUCAGGUGAUCUGUGUGUUCCCACAGAGAUUCAUUAGGGGUUGAAGCUGAUCUGUAGCUGGUUCGAAGUGAGCAACGUGAUUCUAGGUGACUGAAUGUAGCAUUUUUCCAAAUACAGCUGUUUUGUGGUACCUUGGUCCAAAAAAAAAACAAGCACAAUAUUGUAACAGAUUAAAAAUGCUGCACAUUUUUAAAACAUGAAUAAAUCUGUUCAGUUUUCCCGACA